AUGGGGGCAGAUGGGAUGUAUGAGAAGAUCAGGAUGCUGAACAUUCAGAGCACAGGCUGGGGUGGGCGGCAGGACUGGUACCCGGACGGGCUGGUCCCCGGGCAGCCCAACCCAGACAGCUGCCAGCAGCUGGACGGUGGCCUGGAGCCCGAGCCCCUGCCCGGGGCCGGCGCCGACGACCCGGACGACUCGCAGCUCAGGCUGCAGCUGAAACGCAAACUGCAAAGGAACCGAACGUCCUUCAGCCAGGAGCAGAUCGAGGCCCUGGAGAAAGAGUUUGAGCGGACUCACUACCCCGAUGUCUUCGCCCGCGAGCGCCUGGCCGCCAAGAUCGACCUACCCGAGGCCCGGAUCCAGGUCUGGUUCUCCAACCGACGGGCCAAGUGGCGGCGUGAGGAGAAGCUCCGUAACCAGCGGCGCCAGGCGGGCGGCUCCGGGCACCUGCCCCUGGGCACCGGAGCCUCUACCCCCCUGUACCAACCCAGUACCCCUACUACCCCGGGUGCCAUGCUGGGGCGCAGUGAGGGCCCCCUCCCCAACAGCUAUGGAGCCCUCCCCCCACUGCCCAGCUUCUCCAUGGCCAACAGCCUCCCCAUGCAGGCCAUCCAGCCGGUCGCCAGCCAGGGCAGCUCGUCCUUCUCCUGCAUGAUCCCAGGUGGCUCCUCGGGCCGCGGCUACGACCCGUACGGCCCGGCCCAGCUCCCAGCCCACAUGGGGACCCCCAGCCUGGGCGCCGGCACCAACACCUCCACCGGUCUCCUCUCCCCUGGCGUGUCAGUCCCCGUGCAGGUCCCUGGUGGGGACCCGGAGGUCCCCCAGUAUUGGCCACGUCUGUAAAGAUGAGAGAA